GAGCGGCCUAUACAGUGACUAUGACGUCAACCGGGCUGAUCUAAUGUAAUUCUCAUCGCCGUUUCGCUCACACUAUCACAAAAUGCCAGUGGAGACACGCAGUGCUACACAUGCCCAUAAUAUGAGUUUCAAUGGAACUCCUUCUCGUCCCCGAAGACAAAGGCGAACAAAUAAAAGCGAAAAUGAGGACACCACUGCACAAAAGACAGAAGUGAAGAUGGAACCUGUGGUCGGUGAGAAGCGCGAAGUUCUUAAGCUUGAAACAGUGGAAGAGACGGAGGGGAAGAGGCCGAAGACAGAAGAGGCUGAUACACACGAAUAUACAUUCGCCCCAGGGGUAAUCGAGCGUGGACACAUAUACUUCUUCUACCGCCCAAAAGUCCAGCGUGAAGAAGUUCAUUCUGUGGACGAUGUCAGCAAGCUCCAUUUGCUCCUUGUCCCUAGUCCCUCUGAGCCCUUCAGCAUGCAAGGUGAAAGCGCAGAUGCUGUACCUGCACCUGAAUCAACGACAAAGGACAAAAAACAUUUCCGCUUAAUCAUCGUCGGGAAGAAGAGGCUCCCUGACCCUGAACACGAAAAGCACGUCCCAAUCUGGGCGACAGUAGUAUUCCUCGGCGAUAAUUUACAUGACCUGGAGAAGAAGUUGGGGGAAAAGACUUAUGAAACAAAAACCCGGGGCCGUGGUGUAUAUGCGAUUGUCAAUUCUCAAGGGAAUGUUCCAUCUAGAAAUGCCACUCAUCUUGGAUACCACCUUUCACACCCGACCGAGUUGGGAGAUGUCCAGAAAGCACUUGGUAUCCAUGUUGCAUCGUCUUUCGUAAUCCAAGUCAAGAAUCCCAAUGCAGAAGCUGAGGCUGGUCAACGUAUAGGAUUGCCCAAGAGUCGACGUGCAAGGUAUUCAGAAGACAUCAUGAAAUACGUAUUUGGAAGAGGUGAAAAAGGGCGUUCGUCGAUUGGACUCCGAUUCACCAAUUGUAACCGUGUUGAACUUCUGGAGCAUGAAGGUGCUGAAUUGCUUUUCAUUCCCGCCCAUACGGGAACGAAGGGAAACGACCAGAGCCUUGGAAAUGGGCGGAGAGAAGCUUUGGAAGAAGUCAGCCGCCGUGAAUCGGAGGAGCGAGUAGAACAAAUUUUCAAGGAACUGGCCUUUCACAAGGACCGCUUCCCAGCAGAGCCUCUCAAAGGAGAGUGGGCCUAACGGGGUCAAUAUGAACAGGCUACGUGGCCUUCAACUUCAUAUCACGAGGAUCUAGGGAUGCAGUUGCUGUAGUAAUAGUAUGCAAGUCAAUGGGUAAA